UUGUCCGCACCGAGGCUUUUUGUUUUGUUCGCUGAACCGUUCCCCCGCGUAUCGCGGUUUAGAGCCACACUCCAGGCCCAGCGCGAACCUCCACAUGAAUCUCCAGAGAUAGAGAAGCGGCGGGAGCGGAUUGCUGGAAGAUGUCGGACGGCGCGGAGCUGGUGCCUGCCCCGUCCCAGCCGCUCGAUAGGAGUUGUUGGGUGUGUUUUGCCACAGAUGAAGAUGAUCGAACAGCAGAAUGGGUGCGGCCUUGCAAGUGCAGAGGAUCUACUAAAUGGGUUCAUCAAGCUUGUCUACAACGAUGGGUAGAUGAGAAGCAAAGGGGCAACAGUACAGCCAGAGUGGCAUGUCCACAGUGCAAUGCUGAAUAUUUAAUUGUCUUUCCAAAACUAGGUCCAGUUGUUUAUGUAUUGGAUCUAGCAGACCGUCUCAUCUCCAAAGCAUGUCCAUUUGCUGCAGCUGGAAUCAUGGUGGGCUCCAUCUAUUGGACAGCUGUCACUUAUGGCGCUGUAACUGUUAUGCAGGUUGUAGGUCAUAAAGAAGGCCUGGAUGUCAUGGAGAGAGCGGACCCAUUAUUCCUCUUGAUUGGACUUCCAACCAUUCCAGUUAUGCUUAUUUUGGGCAAGAUGAUUCGCUGGGAGGACUAUGUGCUGAGACUAUGGCGAAAAUACUCCAAUAAAUUGCAAAUUUUAAACAGUAUAUUUCCAGGAAUAGGCUGCCCAGUUCCUCGUGUUCCUGCCGAGGCCAGCCCCCUAGCAGAUCACGUGUCAGCUACUCGCAUUCUUUGUGGGGCUUUGGUUUUUCCCACUAUUGCCACGAUAGUUGGUAAAUUAAUGUUCAGCAGUGUCAACUCAAACUUGCAAAGGACAAUUUUGGGUGGUAUUGCCUUUGUAGCUAUCAAAGGGGCUUUUAAAGUGUACUUCAAGCAGCAACAGUAUUUGCGCCAGGCCCACCGCAAGAUAUUGAAUUUUCCAGAAGAGGAAGCAUGAGAAGUCUGACUGCGGCUGGUUGAUGUGCUGUCAUUCUUACUUAGCAGUUGAGCAUUAUAAGUUAGAUUCUGUUGUUUUAU